AUGGCCGGAGCUGCCGCCCCAGCCGCCGCCGCGCUCGCCGCCGUCGCCGUACUAGCCGCCGCCUCUGCCGCCUCCGCCGCCUCCAGCCACGGAACGACGGACAGUGGACGUCCCCGCAUGGCGUGGGACUGGCUGCAGGCUUCGCCGCGCAUGCGCCGUGAUGUCCUGGGAGACAUGAUGCUGGCGCACGUCAUCGAACACCCUUGGAUUAUAUUUCCCCUCGCAGAAGUGGGCUCGGCGCCAGUGGGGGCGGCGGCGCCCCCCGCGUCGCGGCGCCAGAGCAUGCCCACGUUCACGCCGCGGCUGGGCCGCGACUCCGCGGGCGACGACCUGGCCGAAGAGGAGGCGGAGGGCGACGGCGACGCAGACGGCGGGCACGGCCAGGGCCAGCUGCAGCUGGCGCCGCCCUUCUGGCCGCGCCCCGGCCGCCACUCGCCGCCCCUGCCGCUCACCCCCAGGCUGGGCAGGGCCGCCCACCACACCACCCCGGCCGUUUCCGGCGAGCCCACUAGCGCAUAG